GCUUGCCUUGUCUCCUGCCCUAUCUUUGCUUGUGGAGGCCAUGGAAGGUCGAAAGGCUAUGAGCUCUCUGAAUGCCCGCAAGCCUCGUCCCUCUCAGCCCCUGCCUUGCCCUUGAGUUCAAUAUCUUAUCGGCAGUUUCCAAUUCAAUGAUUUGCUCCCGGAGCACGAUCGUCGGGCUGCGAAGAUCCCUCGCAUCAAAACGCGUUUUGCGGCACGGAGGGGAAACCCCGGCUUGCACACAAAAUUAGCGGGGUUGAGGUGGAGAGGACAGCGCCGACUUGCUUUCACCUUCAUUUCCCCACACUCGUUCUGGCAGCUCUGGUAGUCCUGUGGAAGGGCCAGAGGACGAUUCCAAUCAAGAAAAGUAGACCCUCGGCACUCUUAUCGACUCGGCACGGGCGUCAUGUCGGACGCAUCGCGCGCGCGACGCGCAUUCCGCGCGGUAGUCGUCGCAGCGGCGGCGUACUACUCUAUCUUCGUCAUCUGCCAGAGCUCGUUCUUCAGCUUUCUGGACACCCACGAUCACACACACGAUACGCUGGAGGGGACGGACGCUGAACUGGUCUUGGACGUGAUCGCCGUGAACACGACGCGCGCGCUAGGGAAGCACGAAUAUCUGCCGAAUGGUCUUGUGCGCGUCAAUCCGGAUGGCCCCCAUCCCAUCUACGAGCUCAUUGCGAACGCGGAGGCGGAGUGGGAGGCGAAGCUGGCGCGUGCAAGUACGACGCUCGAGCAAGCCGUGCGGGAGUACAGAAGACGAUACCACCGCUCUCCUCCCAAAGGCUUUGACGCGUGGUGGAAGUACGCCCAACAAAACAACGUGCGCCUCCCCGACGAAUACGACCAGAUCUUUGAGGAUCUCGAGCCCUUCUACGGACUCCACCCCACCGACCUCGCCGCUGCCCAGCGCGAGAACGAGGCCGCGUCCUACGGAUUCACAUUGGGGAGAGAGGCCGGUGGCCCCCUCGUCGUCUUCCCCGGCGAGAACCAGCAUCGUCCGGAGGCAGAAAUGCUGCUGAACUUGUUGCGGGACGUGACGGAUAUACUACCGACGGACUUCCGCGUCGUGGUAUCGAUGCAGGAUAAUCCGAGGCAGGCGCGCGACUAUGAGGCUGAGCAGGCGGCGCGGGAUGCGGCUGCAAGGGGGACGGUGCUCCGCGCCACCGACCUCCCACGAACAGCCCGCCACGGCUGGUCUGGCGCAUGCCCUCCCGACUCCCCCGGCGCCGCGCCCUCCCAAGAUAUCUUCCACGCCCCCGACCCCAUCCGCCCCAAGACCCUCAUACAUGACCACCCCCGCAGCAUGGACCCCUGCUACUCGCCCCACAUCCUCCUCGCGCACGGCCAGUUCGUCUCCUUUGGCGGCGGCCCCACACCCCAGCCGCCAACCGCACCCCAGCUCGCAUACUGCGCGACACCCCUGCACGGCGACGUGCGCAUGGCAUCCCCGUACGGGUGGGUGGCCUCGCCCCUCGAAGGUGACUUGCCAUGGGAGGACAAGCGGAACGAGCGCCUGCUCUGGCGCGGGAGCAACACCGGCAUUUGGCAAGCGCCUGAACGCGCUUGGAGGCGGAGCCAGCGCAUCCGGCUGGUGCGUGUGGCGAACGAGAUCCACGGCGUCGCGGAGGUGCUGGAUGCGGAGAAGGGGGCGGACGAACCCGUGGGCGAACCACUCAAGCUGCGGAAGGCGUUGUUGAACCCGUCGGUGAUGGACGUCGCGUUCGCGGGGACGCCCCAUUCGUGCGACGAGGCAGCGGGAACGUGCAGUGAGGUGGAGAGGGAGUUCAAGUGGCGGCCGUAUCAGACGGCGGAGCAGGCGGCGGAUUAUAAGUAUGUGCUGGAUAUGGACGGCAAUGCAUGGAGUGGCCGCUUCAAGCGCCUCAUGGCAUCCAACUCGCUCAUCUUCAAGGCAACCGUCUACCCAGAAUGGUACGCCGACCGUAUCCAGCCGUGGGUGCACUACGUCCCCGUUCAGAUCGACCUCACCGACCUCCACGACACGCUCCUCUUCUUCCGCGGUGACGGCGCCGGCCGAGGUGCGCACGAAGACCUCGCACACAAGAUCGCCCUCGCUGGGCAGCGGUGGGCGUCCGACUUCUGGCGCAAAGAGGACCUGAAGGCGUACUUUGUGCGGCUGCUGCUGGAGCAUGCGAGGGUGAUGAGCGAGGAUCGGGAGGGAAUGUCAUUCCGGGGAGUGGGGAGUGAGUAG